ACAGUUGUAGGGGAGAGCUGGAAGGAGACAUUUCUAUUGCUCUGUCUUCUCUGACAGACCGUGUACAGUAGAAGAUGGGGUGUGACGCUCCGGGCCGCGGUGGAUUGUGGGAUGUCACAGACACAGCCUAGUCCUGUCAGCUCAUAUACAGGAAUUGAGAGAGAACAACACACACAGUAGACAUAUUGCUGGGAGCUGGACUCAACUAUAGAGUGAUAACACCAGGAUGUCGAGCAGAGGUGGGAAAAAGAAGACCACAAAGACCACAAGAUCUGCAAAGGCUGGGGUUAUAUUCCCAGUGGGAAGAAUGCUGCGGUAUAUAAAGAAAGGUCAUCCAAAAUACAGGAUUGGAGUUGGGGCUCCUGUGUAUAUGGCUGCUGUGCUGGAAUAUUUGACCGCUGAGAUACUUGAGCUGGCUGGAAAUGCAGCUAGAGAUAACAAAAAAGGCAGAGUUUCGCCCAGACACAUUCUGCUUGCCAUAGCCAAUGAUGAAGAACUAAAUCAGCUAUUAAAAGGUGUCACCAUUGCCAGUGGUGGUGUGUUACCAAAUAUUCAUCCUGAGCUGUUGGCAAAGAAGCGUGGAACCAAAGGAAAGUUGGAGGCUAUUAUUACACCACCAGCUGCAAAGAAAGCCAAAACCACAUCACCAAAAAUAUCAACUUCGAAAAAGCCAGGUGCCAAAAAGGGAGUCCGAAAAUCCAAGAAGAAACAAGGAGAAGUUAGUAAAGCUGCAAGUGCAGACAGUACAACAGAAGGGGCACCGACCAAUGGAUUCACAAUCCUUUCUACCAAAAGUCUUUUCCUGGGACAGAAGCUGAACCUCAUUCACAGUGAGAUCAGUAAUUUAGCCGGAUUUGAGGUGGAGGCUGUUAUCAAUCCUACCAAUGCUGACAUUGACCUUAAAGAUGAUAUAGGUAGUGCCUUAGAGAAGAAAGGAGGCAAAGAGUUUUUGGAAGCAGUAAUUGAACUGAAAAAAAAGAAUGGACCCUUAGAUGUUGCUGGUGCUGCUGUGAGUUCAGGCCAUGGGCUCCCUGCAAAGUUUGUAAUCCACUGCAACAGCCCAAGCUGGGGCUCUGACAAGUGUGAAGAAUUGCUGGAAAAGACAGUGAAGAACUGCCUGGCUUUAGCAGAUGAGAAGAAAAUUAAGUCAAUUGCUUUUCCCUCAAUUGGCAGUGGAAGAAACGGCUUUCCGAAGCAAACAGCUGCUCAACUCAUCCUGAGAGGCAUUUCCAACUAUUUUGUGUCUACAAUGUCCUCUUCAAUCAAGACUGUGUAUUUUGUGCUAUUUGACAGUGAAAGCAUAGGCAUAUAUGUGCAGGAGAUGGCAAAGCUUGAUGCCAACUAAGUCUUUCAGUCCAGCAAUCCCCUCUCCCCCAACAUUUCCCUUCACUAACAAUAUAACCUUCAGCUAUUUUUUUUUUUUGCAAAACUGCAAUUUGAGAAAACAUGCUCAUUCAAGGAAAGCAAGGAUUCCAUUUGACCUUUCUUAGAUAUUUUACAUUGGCACUGAUAGCUGACAUUACUUCUGUUGAUGCACAAUUAUCUGAGGCAUUGUCCUAACUUAAUUUAGAAGAUUUUUUUAUAGUUUCAUUUUAUUGGGUUAUGAAAUUAUAUAGAUUGUAGUCAGGAGUGUAUUGUCUUUUGUAUGUGAAUGACAUGAAAGGAAUAUUUUGUAAAUGUUGUGGUUCUUUGAUUGUACAUUAUGCGGCUUUGUAUAUUUUCCUCUCAAUAUGAAACAAUCCAAUCUUAUUGUCUUACAAGCCAUGAUUUAACACAAUAUGUGAGUUUAUUUCUAAAAUAUACAGUAUAAGAAAGGAUAAGCAAGUAUCCAUAGGAAUCAUUCAGUUAUUAGCCUUCAUUCCAGAACCAUUCAGAAGAUGUGAUAGCUGGGAUAUGACUAGUUUGCUCUGGGCAACACUGUCACUAUUUUUGCUCCAAUUUUUAUAAAAUAACCACUCUGACUUGAAAUACUUAUAAACUGAUAUCUGAAUUUGGCAGAGAGCUUAAAGGGUGACUCCACUUUCAUGGGCAAAAAAUUGCAAAUAAAA